AAAAAAGAAAGUCCACACGAGAAAAUUAAGUACUACUGACGAUGUACUAUCUGGAUGUGCCAAUAUUCAACAACGAUUCUAAUUUGAGACUGAUGCAGUAGUAAAAGAAAUGAGAUUACAUCUUCUAUUUUCGUAUAUACUCGUAGCCUAAGAUUUUAUUCACAUGUCUAAAAAUUAAUGUGUGCAGUUUUGUUGAUACUUAUAAGCCAAUUGAGAAUAAACUAUGUUUACUUAUUUAUGUUCUGAUUUGUACCUUCCCCGUUCUGACCUUGGGAAUAGGAUGUAGUGUUGAAGUUGUAGGAGAGCGCAUGCGUGCUCUCGCGUUAACCAGGGAUCAAUAAAGUUUUAGCACCGCAACAUUCAUUUCAACAAUAGUCACAUUCACUUCACAACAAAUAUCCCAAAAUGUUGGCGAUUUUAUUUUUCGCAUUAGCCGUCUCUGGUAUUCACUGUGAGCCAGAAACUGUGAGAGAAAAUUUCGAUUACUUUAGUUAUGGCAGCAACGAUGAUUUGCUCAAGAAUUUGGAUCUACAUCUGCCCAAAGACGAAAUAGUGUUACGACCCCAAGAGGUGAAGGAUUGGCCACAACAGUCGUUAAAUGUAGGACAAAUAACUGCAGUAUCUAUUAAUUCUUUGGGUCAACCGGUAAUAUUCCACAGGGCUGAAAGAGUUUGGGAUGAAAGCACCUUCAAUGAAUCAAAUGUUUACCAGAACUUGGAUAAAGGUCCUAUUAUUGAAGACACGAUUCUAGUCCUAGAUCCUCAGUCAGGAUCAGUCCUUCAUAGUUGGGGAGCUUAUGCAUUUUACAUGCCGCAUGGUCUGACCGUCGAUCAUCACGACAACGUAUGGGUCACGGAUGUGGCUAAGCAUCAAGUUUUCAAGUAUAUACCCAACAACCACAAGUACCCCAGCCUAACAAUCGGAGAGGCUUUCACAGCCGGCUUCCCAUACAGGCGUCGAGUGUUGCUUUGUAUGCCCACCUCCGUAGCCGUAGCGACCACUGGGGAAGUUUUCGUCGCCGACGGAUAUUGCAACAACCAAAUCCUGAAAUUCAACGCAGCCGGCAAACUCCUACUUGCCAUUCCAUCAUUUUCUGACACUUUGACCCUAAACCUUCCACACAGCGUAACGUUACUGGAGCAUUUGGAUAUGGUGUGCGUCGCUGAUAGAGAAAACAUGAGAAUUGUUUGCCCGAAGGCUGGUUUGAAGAGCUACAUCAAGAUGUUUGAACCAGCAACUGUUAUUCAGGACCCUACUCUAGGAAGAGUCUUUGCUGUGGCGUCUCAUGGGGAUAUGAUCUAUGCUGUGAAUGGACCUACUGCUCAGAAUAUCGCAGUCAGAGGAUUCACUGUCAACGCUGUGUAUGGAAACAUUAUGGACACUUGGGAGCCUACUACAGGCUUCACCAACCCCCACUCGUUGGCUGUCACAAGAAACGGCUCCCACCUCUACGUCACGGAAAUAGGUCCCAACAAGAUCUGGAAGUUCGAGCUAACAGACGUAUACGACAAAAAGUAGACAUUAAAAACAAUAGGGCUUCUUAGAAAAACGCUUUAAUUUCAGACGUGAAUAUGAUUCACUUCUUAGUGCUUAGUGUGGGUGAGCAAUUCACAUUUUACUAAUGAGUCUUCGCAGUGAGACGCAUCUAAUCAUGUGAUUGGUUUGAUUGUGAGCAAUGUUGCUUUGUAGUUGUUUACCGCAAUGUGAUUGGGUUGACUGCAUGUCACCGCGAGCGGGUUCGAUAGUGAAAUGCGAAUGUUGAACCCACAAUAAGCUCUCUGUUUAAAGAUGUUUGAUGUGAUACAUUUAAUAUCACUGUAUUAUAAUAGAGACUUUAAGAGCUAGGUUGAAUCUUUGUUAUGGCAUGACUUUUAAUAAAGGUUUCUAUAUUGUUUGUUUAGGGAUAUAAAUGGGUGAACAAUUUAUUGAAAAAUACGCUAGCUGAACAUAAUUUGACAUAAUACAUGAAUUUAUAUAUAUCUGAAGAUUGUGUAUAUUUUAAUAAGAAAUUGAAAUCUUAAUCAAUUUUAUUAAAAUAAAUAUACACAGUCGAUUGUAUACAUUUAAAUAGAAAAAUUCUAUAUAAGAUAUAUCUCACAGUAAAGUUAUGUAUUUAGAAAAAAAGAAUAUACCUAUGCUUUCAUAUACUCGAAUUUCCCGCUAAAAUUCCUAAAUAGAAGAAAAUAUUCAUUCUCUUUACCUUCGAGAUUAGCCAAACAUUAAUAGUUAAACUGUUGUUUCGCUUCUUGUAUGAAAAGUAUUUAAAUAACUGUAGCCCUAUCUGCUUAUCUAAGAAGAGCCAUGCCCCAUUGCUCAGUCACACGUCUAUCGGCAGACAACGCAGAAAUUGUAUGAAGUUUCGACAUAUAUCAACGCACGUCAAUGUCAAAACCUAUUAUUGAAAACAACGGAGCACGACUCAGCAAUGAGGCAUGGCUCUAAGACCUAUAUAGUAAUAUAUCAAAUAGUUUCUACAUAUAUCUAUCUAUAUAUGUUUAAACAAAUAUUUCUGUAAUUUUUUCACCGCAUCAAUAAUAAUCAUUCACAAACCAUAAUAUACAAAUGUAUUUAUAAUAAAUAUAAUGAGAUUUGAUAUUGGCAAAUAAGGUCCAAUAUAAUCACGCACAUAAAUUGAGUCAAUGAAAUGUGUGAAGAAGAGAAUAUUAUACCAUUUCGUUUGUAAGAAGAGUUUAUUUUUUGAGGUUUCAAACCCGAGAAAUUACAACGAAAGGAUAAUUUUUUAUUCAUUAUUAUAAUCAGUUAUGUAGAUACAUUUAAAAAUGUUAAUGUAAUUAAUGUUUACAAGAAUUGGAGUAGAAGUUUUUUUUAUUCUAACAUUUUAUGUAGAGAAACUUUUUUCAUAUAAGUAUCUUUUUAGAACAUCUUCAUUUCUAUGGGUUGAAGUCCUAAUUUAAUAUUUCAAAAUAUGGACCAAAUUAGAUUUGGUACGUUUAUUUCAAUACAAGUAGAAUGAAAAGAUAUUCUGUAAAAAUUAAAAAAUAUAUAUAUACUGCUA